AUGGCGAACGCGCAAUCGAGCCACAUCACCUUCGGCGACAGCAGCCACAGCGUUCAGGUCGGCGUGAACAACGGUCCGAUCCAUAUGACAACUGCGCGAUCUGUGACGCCAGUCGAACCCUCAUCCAACGUCCCGUUCCGACGCGACCCCGACUUCGUCGCGCGCGCAGAAGUGACCGCACAGAUUGCCUCCGCCCUGGCAGCACCGGCGGCACGGCUGGCGCUGGUGGGGCUCGGGGGUGUGGGUAAAUCGCAGAUCGCCAUCGAGUACUGUCAUCAUGUGCGCCAGACGUCGCCGGACACGUGGGUGCUGUGGAUACACGCGAGCAAUGCGGGACGAUACGAGCAGAGCGUGCGCGACGUUGCCGAGCUGGUGCGCAUCCCCGGGCGGUCAGAGCCCAAGGCGGACAUGCCUACGCUGUUUCGCAACUGGCUGCGCGAGAGAGCGACGAGGAAGUGGCUAAUCGUGCUCGACAAUGCCGACGAAGUAGACUUUCUCGUCGAGCGGACUGAUAGGAAGGCGUCUCUGUUGGAACUGCUGCCGGUACAUGACCAGGGCGCUGUGCUAAUCACAUCCAGAAGCAUGUCUGCGGCGGCGAGGCUUGUGGAACGAAGUGCUAUCGUGCCUGUCAUGCCUAUGAAUAAAGAGCAAGCGACGGCACUCCUGGAGAAGAAGCUCGGGCGAGGGAAAGACAAUAGAGCGCUCGCGGCGGCAUUAGACUAUAUGCCGUUAGCCAUGACGCAGGCGGCGGCCUACAUCCAGCAGCGUGGUAUGCGAUCGUCGAUCGCGAAGUAUCUGGAGAAGCUGCAGAAGAGCGAUCGGUUAAAGAAGAGCGUUCUCGACGAGGAUGCUGGCGAUCUGCGGCGGGACCCCGAGGCCAAGAAUGCGAUCAUUCUAACUUGGCAGAUCUCGUUCGAGCAUAUCCGUAAGGUACGGCAUUCGGCGGCAGAUUUGCUGUCGUUGAUGUGCUUCUGCGACCGGCAAGCGAUACCGAGCGUUCUACUACAGGUGUCAGACAAGGACGAAAGGAGGGACAGCAUCGCUCGAGAGCGGGCUGACGAUGGAGAGAGCACGAGUGGUAGUGGGUCCGAGGACUCGUCGCAAGCGGAAGAGGAGUUCGACAAGGACGUCGCUAUUCUUGAGGGGUUCGCUUUUGUGUCGAGCACGAUCGACAGCUCGACGUUCGAGAUGCAUCGCCUAGUGCAACUUGCGACCCGGCGAUGGCUAGACUCACAAGGGGAGGCGGAUCAUUGGAAGAAAGUGUUUGCUCGUAGUCUUGACGAUGCAUUCCCAUCGGGAGCCUACGAGAACUGGGAGAUGUGCCAAAAGCUAUUGCCGCACGCUAUUGCAGCAAUGAGUCUCAAAAUGAAAGAUCGCAACGCAUUGUUGCACAAAGCGUCUAUUUGCAAUCGUGGGGGGCUGUAUAUGAGAGAGCAAGGAUUAUUUAGCAGGUCGGAAGAGAUGUGCGAAUGUUCUAACAACAUACGACAGGACAUAUUGGGCGAGGAGGAUCCCUCAACGCUGACAAGCAUGGCCAACCUGGCGGCGACAUACCGGAACCAGGGGCGAUGGGGCGAGGCGGAGCAGCUGGAGGUGCGGGUGAUGGAGACGAGGACGAGGGAACGAUGGAGCGAGGCGGAGCAGCUGCAGGUACGGGUGAUGGAGACGAGGACGACGGUGCUCGGGCCGGAGCAUCCUGACACGCUGACGAGCACGGCCAAUCUCGCAGGGACGUACAGGGAGGAGGGCAAGUGGGGCGAGGCGGAGAAGUUGGAGGUGCAGCUGAUGGACAAGGGCGCCAACGUCAAAGCGCAGGAAGGCGAAUACGCCAACGCACUCCACGCUGCAUCAUCUAGUGGUCACGCAGAAGAAGGCCACCACGGCAACGCCCUCCAUGCUGCAUCAGCCGAGGGUCACGCAGAGGUGGUCAGGCUGCUGGUCGACAAGGGCGCCGACGUCCACGCGCAGGGGGGCCGCUACGGCACCGCCCUCCAGGCCGCAUUACAGAAAGACCACGUAGAGGUUGUUGGGCUGCUACUCGAGAAGGACGCCGAGGUGAGUUUGGAAGGCGACACAGAAUGGAUCACGGAUGACGAGGACGAGGACAAGGAAGACGAGAGCAUUAUCGCAAGUCGUGCCUAUCAAGGAUGA